AUGGCACUGACAAGAAAUCUCCUUAUUAUCACUUUACUGUUAUUCUAUCAGCUUACAUGGAGCCAUAUUCGGGGAGAAAGUGCGGGCAAACAAGAGCUAGUUGGCCCUUGUCCAAGAUAUUGUUCAUGUCGAAAUACGGAUGUUGUUUGCACUGAGGUUGACGAAGUCAUCUCUGUCAUACCAGAAGGCACAAAACGCCUAGUUUUUUUUCAAGAACUCUCUUGUGAAGAUACUCGAAUUGUUAAUUUAGUCAACCUAGCCAGGAAAAUGCAAAUUGAAAUUAUUGGUCGAUGUCAUCGGGUCGAUACAUUGCAAAUUGUUCCUGUACAGUAUUUUAUUGAUUCACAAUCCGAAAAAGUCUUAAGGAAUCAAGCAUUAGGUAGGAAUCGGCGAGAAAUCUUGGUUCAAUCACGGUACCAGAUCUCACUAGUGAAUGGUCAGUCUAGCAGAGAAGGUAUAGUUCUUAUUAAAGAUAUUAAACUGGAUCAAGAAGGGACAAUUUGUGCUGAUCAGUGGACAAAUGAUGAUGCAGACGUUAUUUGUCGUCAACUUGGCUAUAUUAGUGCAAAUUUCAGUUCAGAUUUGGCGCAUGUAUCCUCAGGCAAUAAUUACAAAGCUCUAAUCACAAACCUUGGAUGCUCGGUCUUUCAGAGUGUUAUUGAUCACUGCAAUAUAUCUACCGUGAAACCUGCUCAACCAUGUUGGAAAUCUUCAGGAGCUGCUAGAGUUAGAUGCAGAGCUGAUAAUCCUAAUAAACAAUUAAUUGGAAAUUCCCCAAUUAAUUGCCAGUUUAAUGAAGGAUUUUGUGGUUGGACUCGUAAUGGCAAUUGGUAUUGGUUAUGGCGCGGCUACACAGUAUCAGAAGAUGGUAAACCACUUUAUGAUCCUUUUAUUUUUAUCUACAAAAAUAUGGACGAGAACCCUGCAUUACAUGGGACUUUUGUAAGUCCUGUAUUAAAACAAGCACACGCAGGAAAGCCAGUUUAUAUCACUUUCCGAGCGUUAAAAUAUGGCAUAGCAAUUGGUCAGAUUGAAUUUCGGUUUCGGCGCGUACAGGAAGGCAGUUCAACAGAGCUUUUAACGCCUAUCUCUAGAUCUAACAGUACUUGGCAAAAUUUUGAAACAGAGAAAUUCGAAACGGAUACAUACUUCAAAAUUGAAAUUUAUUCUGUUGCAAGUAUAUCUAAAUCCGACUUUGGGCUAGUCGCUCUAGAUAAUUUAGUAGUACAUGGAGCUAAUAUAGUACCAGGAUGGUCGAGGCUAAGAAAAGCAAGUAAAAAUAAUGUUCCUAUCAAAAUGUGCCAUCGAAAUCGAUACUUAAGGAGGGAAAUCUUAACCCUCGAAGAUAGAGGCUCACAGGAAAAGCAAAUGAUGAUUUCUAGCUGCUCGCAUUCUCAGUGCAAGGGUUUUAGAUUUGCUAUUGGAUCAGAUAGUACUAUUAAGCACCACUACUUUUGCAGUGAUGCAACGCAUAUUUGA